UUUCACAUCCAUUCCUUCAAAAAAUUUGACGUAAAUUCCAAACCGAUAUUUUAUUCUUUUUUUAAAAAAAAAUUGAUUUUUAGACUAAAUCAUGAAAGGGAGAUUAUCUGUUCCAAGGAUUUUCCCAAUCAAUCUUCUUCCUACCUGAAAGGAAUCAUUAUUCAUUAAAGCAUCUCAUUAAAAUUUCUUAGAUUAUUUCCCAAAAUAAAUAAAUCGAUCAAGAAGAAAAAGAAACUGAAUAAAAUUGGAGCGAAUAUUUUUGUAGGGAGAAAAAAAUAAUCAUAAAAACGAAUUUCGAAUUUUCUUAUGAUAUAUGACAAUCUGGACAUGGAGUGUGCGAUAAACGAUGAGCAAUGCGCCGAUAAAUUGUGCAAAGAAUUAUCACUGGAGCAACCAGGUUUGAAUAUUAACGUGAUCGAAAUACUUAUAUCUCUUUGCAAAUUUUCGCCGACCGGACAUAUUAAAGUGCUGUCCAUAUUUGAUCGUGACAAGGAGUUACAAGGUUAUAACUAUCGUUUUCAAGGACUUGUGAAGGUACUCAUUUCGCCUCAUUCUUCUGCGCAGGAGAAGCAAGCACUCAUCACAUUAAUAAAUGCCCUAAUUACAUCGCCCCACAACAUUUCCAAUAAAGUUUCGAUUCGCGACGAAUUUUUAGGACUCAGAAUUCUGGAUCAUUUUAAUCAUAUAAAAUUGACCCACUCUAGCAACGACAGUUUGCUAUCUCAAAUCGCAUCCUUCAAAGCGCAAAUGACAAGUGACGAGCAAAAUAUAAAUUUUAUUAAGGAUAUCGACAUGAACAGUCCUUUGGAAGUUUUCAAUAUUAUUCUUCGCCAAGUCGCUGGUACCCCCCAAGAGAUUGUCUUGUUAACUAUCCUUCAACACCUUCUCCUUAUCAAUUCGGACCAACUGCCCCCUCCUCUCGCUCCUGUUUCUCUCAAUAAGAGCCUUCCAGUUUGGGAACGUGUUUCUAAAGCGGUUAUAACGACCGUUCAAGACCAACUGAUCUCACCUCCUUACCCGGUUAAUUCAUAUAGCUUGCAUAAUUGCCCACCCGCACCCCCACCUCUACCUUCUAUUCCAGCCUUACAACCAAUUUUACCCAUAACCACUCCUCUUACUGACAUAAAUCAUAACAGACCUGUCCCGCCUCCACCUUUACCCGCUCUAUAUAGCCUGCAACCCUUACGAUCAUCCAAUGUUACCCUUUCACCCGCAGCUAAUAACUGUUUUAUUAAGCCGCCUGCUGUCGACAUCUUUCUUAAACAGCAGCGCUCGAAUUAUGGCCCUUCUGAUCCACAUCCAUAUGACUCUUCCCCCUUGACCAAAACGUUAUCCCAAACACAACAACCGUCCAUUAAAGACCGUCCGCUACCCCAACAAUUGACACCGGCCCCCCGUGCCAAACUAAAAACCCUGAACUGGAUUCGUAUUCCUCUCAUGAAGAUCCUAUCACACCCAGAGGGCAAUAACGUAUGGACAUCCCAUCGUAAGCAUAAAGACUUGGCCCGUUACUACGAUAUCGACUUUAGCUCCCUCGAGGAACUCUUUGUCUCGCCACAUCUAGACGAUGAGUACGAUGGCGGGUCCACGGGCAAAGGUGGAACCAGGAAAAGCGACUCCCCUAUGUCAAAUCGUUACUCUGAAAUGAAGAGAAUGAACGAAAUAUUGUUAUUGGAACCCAAAAGAAAUCUCAAUAUCAGCAUUUACCUCAAACAAUUUAAGAAUGGAUACGAAGAAGUUAUAGCGAAUAUAGAGGGCGGUAAAGGAACAAAAAUUGGCGUAGAAAAACUUCGCGGGCUUUUGAAAUUAAUUCCCGAGACCUACGAAACCGAAAUGUUGAAAGGGUUCGAAGGCGAUUUUAACAAAUUAGGUGUGGCCGAAAAGUUUUUAAAACGAUUGAUUCUCAUUCCCAACUACCAAUUGAGGAUAGAAGGCUUGCUGCUAAAAGAAGAUUUUAUCAACAAUUUGGAUGAUAUUUUACCUGCCCUAGAUUCGCUAAUUUACACAGCUCAGGAUAUCAAAAAUUGUUCACUCUUGCACGAAAUACUAUUGUUGACGGUAUACGUGGGAAAUUUUAUCAACUCCGGUGGUUACGCUGGUAAUGCUGCUGGCAUAAGGUUGACUUCACUGCUUAAAAUCUCGGAAAUCAGAGGCAACAACCCUAAAAUUGGUUUGAUCCAUUUUGUUGCCGAACAAUUAAAUAGACUCAAUAUUCAACCAUCAAGAUUAGCGACCGAAAUAAAAUUUUUGGAAAAAGCUCAAAAAAUUAACAUGGAAUCUCUGAUAUUGGAUAUAUCAUCUCUGACCACGAAAUGUGGAAAUUUAUCUUCCCAACUGUCAAAAGCCGAUGGAGACCUUAAAAAUAUGUUGGAAGAUUUUCUCAAGUAUGCUAAACAAGAGAUGGAUUCGAUCCAGAAAGAUUUGGUAGAAAUAGAAAGAUGGCGCAUCAUUUUGGCUGAUUUUUUCUGCGAGGACAGGGCUACUUUCAAGCUGGAAGAAAGUUUCAAGAUAUUUUAUAACUUCUUAGAGAAACUCAGGAAAGCAGAAGAGGAAAAUAUUAUAAGGAAACAAAUCGAAGAAAAGCGCAAAGACAUGAAAUUAAAAGAAAAACCUAUCCAGAAACCGACCGACCUGGCUAUAAAAAAUAGUUUGAAUACAUCGUAUACUGAGAGAGCAUGUUUUAAAAACGACAAAUCCAAAGAGGAUGAGGAAGACAAUAAAAGCUCCGAGAAUUCUUCAAUAUUUACGGAACAAGAUAAUGAUAGUUUGAGAUCGGCCAGUCCUGGUUGUUAUAAAAGACGGAUGCGUAAACAUUUUCCUCCAUCUAGUAGCGAAGACUUGAUGGAAUUUUUGUCCAAUUCCCACUACUCCAACGUCAAUCAUUCUUUAAUAAGAACUGGAAGCGGUUCUUCCUCUUCCAGUAAAUCUGUUGCCAAUACGACUGCUCCAUCUUUUCGUGAGUCGCAAUCAAUCGUCUCAAGUUUACACACCAGCGAUAAGGACACUAUAUCAUUACCAAUAGUGGUCCGUGGACCACUUAGCAGAAGACUUACUAAUCACCAUCACUCCCAUGGCCGUCAACUCAGCCUUCCCGAGCAUCAUAGGAGCAGAGGCAUUAUAAGUAUUUCUGGGACAGGAGGCGAGAUCGGUAGCGCCAGUGGCGUAGGGGCGGAAUGGGUGCCAUUGGGUGGCAGCGCUCAGAGGGAUAGUGGUUUUAUCGAUCAAAACGGUCAAGACGAUGAUGAAGAGGAGGAUGAAGGUGGGGACGUGUCGCGUGACGAGACCGUGGUGGACAGCCAGUCUCUAACAACCGAAGAAGUCGGUGAGUUUUUAGGACGUUAUAACGGCUCUAUAUCCGAGCGUUUAUUGGAACAAUUAGUGAAAACAGAACAAAUCGAACUGACCGAGCCUGAGCCUCUUAUCAAAAGAGCAGAAAAGGUUUUUAUCAAGGAUAAAUUUCCAUUAAACAUUGCUGACUCCAAAACAAUAUCAAUGGGUAAAACGCCUGAAUUCAAAGAUUUUUACAAACAAGUUCUCCUCAACAAAGUGAACAGGGAUCGUGAGGCUUUUUCGGACAAGCAGUCGCUUAAGAUGGCCAAUACUGCCGAAUCAAAAGGGCUAGUUCCAGGAUUAACGAAAAAACAUUUUCAAAAAUCAGCCGAAAAAUCUUUUUUCCCAAAAGUUUCCUCUAAAAAUGUCGUUUCUCGAACCGUAAAAUCGGAUGUUCCCAUAUUAUCCAGUCUCACAUCUAGCCGCGUCGGAAAACUGACGACAUCAAUAAGACCCCCUAUACAACUAUCAAAAAAGACCGAACUAUAUCGGUCUUCAGCUGCUAACAUUAAUCAUGCCUUUGAGCUAAACAAAAGAGAUCGUAAUUUAAAAAAACAUGAUACCGUCAAUAUAACUUACGACCAUGAAAUUAAACACUCCCUACCUUACGAUCGCCGUAAAACGGAAAGACUUGACAUGCUUAAGGGAUCCAAAACGACCCUAAAAAUUUUCCCGGUUCCACCCGUUAUCGAGUCCACAAACGCUAUUCACUUGAAACCUCAUGGACGAUUAAAUAAUCGCCCUCUAACGAAUACAAAAACGGGUAGAAUAAUGUCUACUUCUUUGAACUGUAAGCAGCACCGAAAAACGAUCUCCGAUUUCGAUAGUCACGAAGUCGUAAAAACUCGGGUAAUCGCGAGAACGGGUCUGUCAUGCCCUGUCAAAGUGAAAUAAAUAUGCUUAUUCGUUUUUCUUACACAACAGAAUUUUAAUAAUGAUCAAAGAGUUUUCAUCUUAAUCAUAUUUAUGAUCUGAGCAAGAUUAGUGAUAUCAACAGGUAGCUAAACUUGUAUUUAUCAAACAAAAAAAGUUAGAGAAAUAGUUGCUGAAUUUAAAUCAUUAACUAAUUUUUUUGUAAUUAUUUUUAAACUAUAAUAAACUUAACAAGAUCAAACGAAUACUAUAUAAAUGAUCGUCAUGUAUACAGUUCGAAAGAAUGAAUCUUAACAUAACUAAUUUAUUACUCGAUGCCGUUAUUCGUAUUUAAUUUAAACAAUUAUUUUUCCAUAUCAACCUUUUUAUAAAAUAAAUAAUUUUAAAUGAAAUUGCAGCCAACGAUAUUAAAGUUGCACUAUACUUUCCUUCAAAUUAUUGACAUUUAAAAUAACACUAGCUCACCAAAGGACAAUUCGGCGUAUUUGAGAGCCUAGCGAUAUAACAAUUAUUGUUGAAAUUCAAACUUUUUAAGAAAUUUAAAUUAUAUUUUCUAUAAUAUUUAUUAUAUUAUUAUAUUUAAA